AUGUUUAUUCUUUCUAAUUACAAUCAAAAAGCACCGUUUAAAGUUUCCAAAAGCAAUAAUCUUGACGUUAUAGAAAGUCAAGUGGACAAUUUAGCCUUCUUUUCCAUUGAGAGAAAUUCUCCUGUUCAGUUUUUCUGUACAAAGCACAACACUUUUGGCGCAUUUUCAAGAGAUGAGCUCAUUCCAGCAAAGUACUUUACAGUUGAGACAAUUUUCGAAAAAGAAGCAAUGCAGAAAGACGAUGCUACGCAUUUAUAUAAUAAUUUAAUAACGGACUUUGGAGAUGAUAAGAGUAAAGAAAGGGUUGCAAAGAGGAGCCUUGUCAGUUAUCUUCCAAACGAGUCUAUUACUUUUAAUAUUGAAAAUCAGCUCAUUCCACCGUUUGACAGAGAAGCUGAGUCACCAAAAGAUGCUUAUUCUGUAGACUUAAUGUUUGAUAAGGAUGUGAUCGAUCGUUUUGAAGCCAUGCGCGUUGAUAUCAACGAUCUAUCGGACUUUGUCAGGUCAAUUUAUACUCCUGAUCAAAAGAGGAACAUGCUAAUCUUGGACUGUAUCUUUAAGAUGCUUUCUGAAAGGACCAUAGGAGAGAGGCUACUAAGAAAGUAUCGAUUCUUCUACUCGUCCAUCAAGGAUGAUCUUAUAAAGGGCAAACUCCCAGCACUUCUUAGAGACAAAUAUGUUAUUGUGUUCUAUGUUGUUCUACUUAUUGUGUCGGGCUUUGAAAUUAAUCUUGAACAGAUACCCCGAUUUUUAUUAACACAAGACAAGGUAGUUGCAUUUUUGAAGAUGAUUGGAUGCACCAUAAACAAAAUGGACAAGUGCGAUUGGAAAAUCUCCCAAAAAAUUCGUUCGCAGCUAAAAAACAGAAGAGAAUGUGAAAACUAA